CACGCGCCAGCAGGAAGUGCUAAAGGUUAUUGUCCUCGGCCGAAAGUUGUUCAACCAGCACAAUGGGCUGCAGCAAUUGUUUGCAGCUCGCUGCUAUGCUCGGUCUAACCUUUUGUGCAAUGGUCGAUGCAGCCUAGUGGAUCUCUUUACUGCUCCCAGCCCUUGAAUGUCUCCUGCUGACCAGAAUCAGAUGCGGUAUUCACAGUGUGGGUCAAAGCGUGGGCCAAAGCGUGGGCUUGAGUAAAACACUAAAAAGUUUAUUACCUGCUCUGCUCGUACUCAAAAUGCUGGAAAUCGGAACUAAAAGCAGAAAAUGCUGGAAUCGUUUAGCAGAUCAAGCAACAUCUUUGGAGAGAGAAACAGAGUUAGCAUUUCAGAUGAUGGUGAGAAAUUUACUAUUGCCAUUAGUCCUGGAGAAGAAUUGCCAAAUAAUACAAUGUACAUAAUCAAACACAAAAAUGUUUCCUUCAGCUGCUCAAGCACAUCACAACAAAAGCUGAACAUAUCGUGGAUCUUUGUUCGUCCAGAUUCAAAUCGGGAAGUUUUUACAUUUGUUGAGGGGAACCAUACAGAAUUUACACUUUUCAAUAUAGAUUAUGACAACCAGGGGAAUUAUACCUGCUUAAAAAACUUCAGUGAUACCAAGGAAGUUCUCGUCUAUUAUCCACCACAGGGGCCUCCAGUCUGCCAUGCAGAAUUUUCUAAUAACUAUGUGCAGCUGUUUUGUUCUUGGACUAAAGGAUAUCCCUAUCCCACAUUUGCUUGGUCAAGUGAGAAUCAGGACCUUGGACCUGAUGAUCACCCAUAUGGACUACCAGGGUCAAAUGAUACCAUGAUACUACAAGUUAAAGGAUCAGAAAUACAUGAUGGUCAAAUGUUUAAAUGUGUGGCUUAUCACAUUGCAUAUGAACAACGGAUGGAACAAUCGUGCUCUUUGACACUAAAGGCUCCGCUUCCUGAGUCACAACCUCUUGUAGCUGGAUACAUAGGGAAGAAUACAUCUUUGACCUGUCACAGUAAGGAAGGAAAUCCACCUCCCAUAUUAACGUGGUGGAGAAACGACGAGACUGAAAUUUUCUCCAGCAGCAAAUAUGUAAUCUCACAAGAAGGUGUUGUUUCAAGCUUAACAAUAUUGAUGUCCUCAAAAGAGCAGGAUGAAGGAAGAUACAUUUGCAAGAGUGAAAAUCCUCUGGGGAUUAAAGAAGUAGAAAUCUGGGUCUCAUUUAACACUAAAAUCCUUUCUGGACUAGUUGGAGGAAUUACUGUCUUUUUACUUCUAAGUGCUGCAGCAAUUCUUGGGGUUGUUCUGCAUAGGAACUGGGACAAGUUAAUUACCAGAAGACAUUUUUGGCAAACGGGUUCUACCGUUUUUACCCUGGUGGACUCUGAGGAAGAGAAUGACUUUGUCGAUGAGGAUUCAUCACGAAUAACCUCUGUUGUUAAUCAUCAACCUGCCCAAAUGAUGAACGGUCAUACUUCUGGAGAAGUUGCUUCUGAUGGCCCACGAACAACUUCUAAUCAGCUCCCAAAUGAGGAAAGAAAUGAAUCAGACGUUUAAAGGACCAGAAGAAAUGUGAUUUCUUCUGUGCAAUAUUUUCUACGUUAAUGAGAAGUCUGCUGUGAAAGUGCUUUCCAACAAGCUCUGGUUGAGCUAAUGUACUAUUUUGAAACAUUUAUAUUAAUGUUACUAUAAAGCAUAGCCUAUAUCUGGGCAUAUUGGAACAAAUGUCAAAACAGCAUUCUGAACUGCCUUUAAACACCAGAAUAUAGGCUAGCUGAAAAUGUACAACAGUUUGUACUCAGGAUUUAACUAUGAAAGGUAUGUUUAAAGUGUUUGCUGUAUCUGUUUUGCAUCUAAUCUGUUGGCUUGUUAGCUAAAUUAGUUUAAAAACUUUAAGUGAAUGUGCUGUGUGUCUUACUACUUCGUUCUCUGGUAUAGCAAAUGUAAUUGGACUUUUUUUUUGUAAGAGCAACCCUUUUGUAACACUGUAUACUUGUUAAAUUGAUACUGUGCAUUUUGGUUUUGUUCAGAGAUUGACUUGUUUAUGCAAAUAGGAAUACGUGAGGGCAAAGUAAUGUGUAAUGUAUUUAAUUCUUACAAAUGUUUUUUGCAAUUUGUGUAGCAAAGCCUAGAAGUCUUGUUCUUUUUAAUUAAACUAAAGGUAUUUUGUGUUUUAAGUUCCUGCAAAAUAAAGAUUCAUUUCUAUAA